GUUUGAUUUUUUUAUCCGACAGGUCGACAUCAUGGGGGCCAGGCAAUUGUCGUAGUUCCUGGGUAUACGUGGCCCUGUGGAGUGAGAGACAUACGGUCUUCAAUGCUGAGUUAGGCUUAGAAAGGGUGAGGAGCGAGGGUAAAUACCACGUCAGAUAAAUGAGCGUUCUACGAUUGACAGCAAUCAUUACAAGCUAUAUUUUCAAGAUACACCAGCUCCAUCAAAUAUCGCACAUUUUAUGUGCUAGUGUCUCUUUAAAAGUGGUGUCCCGUAGAUGUGAGACAUCGACGGUCCUUUCGGGCCCCUUAGAGAGGAUUCUCGGCUGCUCCUCGGCAUCUUUCCGUCGGGGUGUACAUUGGCUAUCCCUCCCAAAUAUCGAGCAUAUGUCGUUUAUUAGAAGUUUCAUAAAUAAUCAGCGCUCUUUGAUUCGAUUUGCUUUACAUAAAAUCUAAAAUAGCAACCCAGGCAACAUUCUAUAUAUCUCCUGGGCAAGCAUGUAGCAAUAUCAAUUAGAUAUUAAUAAGCCCCUGAUUCAGAUAUUAUCCUCCAUAAUUUACUCUCUAGAGAAUGCUAG